AUGGCUUUGAAAAAUCAGGCCGCCUCAAUUACCCUUUUCUUAUCACUCAAUCUCCUAUUCUUUGCUCUUGUAACUGGAACAGAUAAUUGUGGCACUUGUGGAAAUGGUGGUGGUGGGGGAGGACAAGGGAAGUGUCCAAUUGAUGCUUUGAAACUUGGGGUAUGUGCUAAUGUACUUAAUUUGGUGAAUGUAGUAGUCGGGUCUCCACCAACUUUGCCAUGCUGCAGUUUGAUACAGGGACUGGUGGACCUAGAGGCCGCGGUUUGCUUGUGCACAGCCAUAAGAGCAAAUGUGUUGGGAAUAAAUUUGAAUAUACCACUCUCUCUAAGCCUCGUACUCAACAACUGUGGAAGGAAUCCUCCUACUGGCUUCACUUGUUGA